AUGAGCGAACAGGUCAAAGCAGACACAUCGUGUGGGGAGUACAGCAGGGGUGCCCCUUGGUACCCCUUGAGAAAGUGGUGGCAUUUGAGCCAGCUUUUCAGUCAGGAUGCUGGCCUGCCAUCUUUCCUGGAGUCAGGGGAUGCUCGCUGGAUGGAUGUGGACUGGUUGCAGAGGAGUUUGGCAGCCUGCUCCUGGCCAGGGUACAUACCCGCUCCGCUGUUUGUGCCCUACAUCUCUGGGUCGAUGCAUCAUCCAAGCCAGACGAUUAGUAAGUGGAGGGUCAUCAUGGAUGUGGCUCACUUCACCCCCUCAGAGAUUUCUCUCAGCAUCAGAGAUGGAUUCCUGGAAGUCAGAGGGAAGCACGAGGAGAGGCCAGACGAGCAUGGAUUCAUUGCCAGAUGUUUUACAAGGAAGUACAGGCUCCCAGUGGAGAUGGAUGCUACCAAAAUCUCAUCCACAUUUUCUGUGGAUGGUUUUCUGAACGUGGAAGCUCCAGUUCCCGAAACUUCUGUCCCUGCUACAAUCCCCAUUCCCAUAAAGGUGAUAGUGGAGGAUAAUGGAGAACCGGAGGUAAAAGAUGAGAAAGAAGAAGAGAGCGGGAGAGCACCAGACCACCCAGAGUUUGCUUCCUCAGAGGAUCACGGGGAAGGCUGUUCAUUAGAAGUCCAUAGAGAUCAGGCCCAAACUGAAGGUGCCACAGUCGGGCUUCAGCAGCAUGAUGAGAGGAUGAAAACAGAAGAGGAGACCCAUGAAAAGCCAGCUGGAGAUUCCCCCUCCUCAGUGCCUGAAGGUGACGAAAGCACAGACGGCCUUCAAGAUUCUUCUACAAAGCCAGAAACAGUGGAAAGCCAAGAAGGCCCAGACACAGACACAUCUAGCAUAACUCAGCCUGGGGAACAGGUCCAGAGCCAGCAAUUGGAAGCAGCAAAUAUACAGCAAGAGAUCACUGAAUAA